UUUCAUUGUCAUUGUCUUUUGUAUCUCUUCUGGUUAUAUUAUUUAUACAUAUAUGGCCAUGGCUAUCACUGCUCUCCUUGUUCUCCUGGUAGCCGCUCCGGCAGUCCAGGCGGUGGACCAUAUCGUCGGUGACUCCCUCGGCUGGACCCAAGGAUUUGAUUACUCCACCUGGGCUGCUGCUCAAACAUUUACUGUUGGAGACAAUUUAGUGUUCAACUAUGAUAGCAGCCACCAAGUAUCCGAAGUGUCUUCCACAGACUACACCAGUUGCAGUUCAAGCAAUUCAAUCAAAACCUACAAUGAUGGAAACACAAAAAUUGCUUUAAACAAGGCUGGCUCUUUGUACUUCAUAUGUCCUGCAUUAGGUCAUUGUGGUGGAGGCAUGAAGGUGUCUGUCAAUGUUGUGGCUGCCGCCUCCAGUGACACCCCCUCCCCCGGUAGCUCCACACCCACCACCCCCGGGACUACUACUCCUUCAACCACGCCCGGAACCACCACAUCCUCGCCGUCGACACCAUCUACAGUACCGGCCCAUAGUGGAGCUAUUGGUGUAUUUGGGCACAUGAAUGUUUGGUUGAUGGGUGUGUUAGGGACCAUAGUUGUUGCAUUCAUGGUCUAGGAAAGAGGCAGUGCUGUAUUUGUUGUAUUGUUAAUUUGUUUCUUUCAUUGGAUACUUGUGUGAAUUUUAUUAAGAUAUGUGCAAAUUUGUUACCCUUUUUACCCCUUUACAA